AUUACAUAGGAACACAUAACCACAGUGCUGUGGUUCAUACUUUUGCAGUAUUAAGCUCCUGAGAAGAGCAAGAGAGUGGCCCCCUAAGGUUGAAAAGACAACUGGAGGUUAACUAUAACGGUAGCAUUUAUUUGUUUAUCUUGAAGCUCAUUAUGUUAUGCUUGUUGGUGUUUUAAAAUGUUUUUAAUGCUUUAACUAUGCUUAUAUUUUAUUUAUCAUUUUCAUUAGUCACAUCAUUACAUGUCUUUAACAAAUGUCCUGGGAAUUUGCUAGACUGAAUUUGGUUUUUUUUCCUUCCUAUGAACCUUCAGUCAUAACCAUGGUGUUGAGUAGAUCACUGUACACCUUUUGUACAUGCACCUUUUGUACUGUGAUGAGGCCUGGGUAUAGCUGUGGCAGCGUCAGAGGAGAAAGCAAUUGUACAGACGGAAUUACAUUUCCAUCCAACACCUGCCCCUGACACCUUCUCUCCAGAAGAUGCAAUUGCGUUACAUUACCUUGGAGUCAAACUCCCACAAUCUGGAAACAUAGUGGGAACUCCACAGAUGAAACAGAUGGCAAGAAAAUUCCCUUCUGCUCAAACCCCAAAGAAGGACCCCCUCCAACCAGAAGCCCUUGUGCCACAAGAGCUGCUGGACAACCCUUGCAACCAUAUUUGCAGCCCCCUUCCUCAGAUUCCAACAACUCCGUUUCAGAACUUGUGACAGAGUCAAGGUACUCCUAAAACUUCCAGAGUCAACAUGUGAAAAAUUACCCAGGCAAGGAGCUAAGCACUCUGUCUGGGCAGCCACAUUUAUAAACCUUCAGUGAGUUCCAGAUCUUUGCUGGAUCAACAGAUCAGCCUACUCUAUUUGGAUGACUGCAUCUAUUUGAAAAUGUUGCCUUCUUUCUUGCCUUUUGUGGCGAUCACACAGGGUCCCCGGACGUUUGACGGUCUAUUGAUCCCUGUGCCACCACUGUGAUUGCCUCUUCGCUGCCACCAACCCGUUCAUGUUAACAUUAACAAAUAAUCAAGUUUAUUGUUUAGCAUGAACAAGUUUAAGGUUUCAGUUAAUUUUUCUUGUCAGUUUCUUAAUCUUAGUUCCUUAACUGUCCUAUACGUUCCUAACAACUUCAAACUGAUUAUCCCAACUAACUAUCUGACUCCACCUAACAGUUCCUCUCACUCCCUCACAACACAACUCGACCAACCCACAGACUUAUCCUCCCUCUUCCUUCACCAACUCCCAACUCUCAACUGACUUCCGCACAACACAGACUCUAACUCUAACUCCUCCUAUCAGUUUCUCUCUGGCCAAUCACAUCACACUCAUUUAACUCUUUCCUUAUGACCCACCUAGGAGGCAAACGCCACACCUGCUAGUCCUGUUUUAGAACUUUGCCUAGGAACCAGAUAAUGCCUUGUAUCCUGCUUGUGUUUUUCUGGCCCUACUAGUGGGCCUUUCACCACAUUCAACUGGCUUCUUCAUAAUAGGCAUGCACUUUGCCAAGUGACUCCCUGGAACGGAGUUUGCUUGAUACAGGCCUUGCAGGUAGUUCAGAGGGCAAGGCCUGGUCUAUACAUGCAGCACUGUGAGAUGAUAAAGUCCUGAGAUGGCACAACCGACUACGCCACAAAAGAUUGCUGCGGAGGCGGUAGAAGUCAAGAUAUGGGGCCCUUAGCGGGAAAAGCCUAUAACCAAUUGCUGUCACUAGUAAACCCAUCUUGGCUGCACAAAUUGAAAGGUGUGUCAAAGCCCAAGGCUCUUAAGGCACUUUCAGGACUGGCUUGUUUGAAACCUGGUAACUCUCAUUUCAGAUGACAGCUGUGCUGAAUUGGAGAUGCCUGAGUUGGACUGCUGCACAUUGUGAAGAGAGGAGGGAAAGAGCUGCAUGAGCAAAAGGUGUGUGCACACCUAAGCUUAUUAAGAGAGGAAUGAUGGUCUGAACUGGGAUAUUUUGCACAUUUAGAUAUCCUGAAUUAACUUCAUGAAACAGAAGUUUGGAUCAUGGAAGUUAGCCAAAUGGCAUCAUGUACGUACGUGUGUGUGUGUGUGUGUGUGUGUGUGUGUGUAAUUAUGAGGAAAUUGCAUACCCUGUCACUCACUUCAUUAAAAAAACCUGAGGGUGUGAUUGUUCUAAAAUGAGUUCAUUCUUGCGAGUUGCUCAGUAUGUUUCCAGUGCAAGGUAGGCUGUAUUUUCUUACCCGCAACAGCUACAGAGCACUGGUACUUGAUAGAAACUGAACUGAAACUGAAUAAAGCCUCAUUGCUAUGUAAAGCAAUAUUGACUAUUUGAAUGCUUUUCUGCAUAUGAGUAUAUUUGGUACAAAACAUUUCCUUGCAGAAGGGUUGUAUAGCUGAAACAUAUUCAAAUUUGACUCAAAAUAAAAAAAUUCCUUGCAGUAGCACCUUAGAGACCAACUAAGUUUGUUAUUGGUAUGAGCUUUUGUGUGCACGCACACAAAAGUUCAUACCAAUAACAAACUUAGUUGGUCUCUAAGGUGCUACUGGAAGGAAUUUUUUUAUUUUGUUUCAACUACGGCAGACCAACACGGCUACCUACCUGUAACUCAAAUUUGACUGUUUCCUAUUCAUCUUUUGCAGAUGACUUCUGGAAAAAUCCAGUACUGACUGUAAUUUCUGUCUGUACUGAGAAAACAGGUACGGAAUCCUUCAAACAUGUAGAUCUGGGGUGCAUUAUCUUCUGGAGGUUGUGAUAUUUUAGGGGGAGUAUCUGGAUGGUUGAUACCUGCUAGGGCUUACCAUAGAAGCAGCGAAAGGCAACAGAAAAUUGUGUAAUGAUAAAGCACCCCCGUGUCAUCUAAAUGAAUGCAGAAAGCCCCUGUACCGAGGAAGCAGCCUAGGGAGGAAAAUAAAUUCCAGUUUAGCCUUUAUUAACCAAAGCUUUGGAGAAGGAACUUGCAACCCACUCCAGUAUUUUGCCAUGAACACUCCAUGCACAAAAGGAGAAGCUUUGAGAAGAAAUUCCAAGGCAUGCCCUUGUUCAUGGGGUCACGGAGAGUUGAGCACGACUAAGACGACUGAACAACGAACCAAAGCUUAUGGGACUGGAAUAUUGUCUGUCAAGUGAUCUUCUUGGAUGUUUUCUACCUCUAUCACUACAUCUUACUAAUGACAAAUUGUGUUUGAUUUAUAGCAGGUGAAGAAUUGGUGGACACAUUAAGGCCAUGGCAGAUGCAAUUGCUUUGUCUUCCCACACUGCUACAAUCAAUACAAUUUAUGCACAACUGGAGAACUGGGCAAAGAAGCAAUAUUUCUUGGAAACAAUUAUCAUUUUAUCUAUUCCAACUUGCAUCUGGGGAUUAAUUGGGAAUGGAGUUGACUUCUGGCUUCUUUGCUUCAGGAUCAAGAGGACUAGGUUCUCAGUUUAUAUUCUCAAUUUGACAGCUGCUGAUCUUAUUGUAAACAUCUACUACAUUAUAGUUUUUAUCACAUUUUUGGCACAACUUUAUGUCAAUCUCUACUUUUCAUGUGUAAUGGAGGUUAUAUAUUUAUCUGGAUACAACACCAGCAUCUACUUGGUAACAGCUCUCACUGCUGAAAGGUACCUCACUGUCUUCUUCCCAGUCUGGUAUCAACGUCACAGGCGAAAGUACCUCUCCAUCAUUGUGUGUGCCGUGUUGUGGCCCUUGUCCUGCCUGGUGUCACUGGUGGCCUAUAUUUCCUGCUAUCCAAGGUUCCUUUCAUCUCACAAUGAAGAGAGAGCAGAUUGCACAGCUGCAACUAUAUUUGAAAUCACAAUAACUUUUCUGGUUUUCCAACCCAUCAUGCUUUUUUCUACCGCAGCUCUUUGUGUCAAAAUGCAAAGAGAAGCCAAGCAAAGUGCUCCAGCAAGACUUGAUAUCACCAUCACCAUCUUAGCUGUUGUAUUUCUUAUCUUUUCUUUUACAGUUAGAACUGUUGAUGCCAUCGCAUAUUGGCACCAAACACUAGAUGCACCAAUCCCAUUUCUACUUUCUCUGUUGUUUGAUUCCAUCAAGAGCAGUAUCAACCCUUUCAUAUAUCUUGCUGUUGGAUGUUGGAAGAGAGAGAGGCCCAUCCAUAUGUUUCUUGAGAGAGCUUUGAGUGACAAAGCAGAGAGAACUCAAGUAGACCAAGAGGAGACUGAGAAGCAUCCAGAGCCUCAGAUGUGAACUGAAAAGGCUUCUAAGUCAAAGAAUAUAGACUGGCAUUUCUGGUUCCUGAAUAAAUAUAUUAUGACUUGUUUAUUUUACUGUUUGUUACUUGUAGGCUACAAUACUCACCUAGGGACCACAGAAAAGUCAUUUGCAGAUGGGGUAACAGGGCCCUCAAAUCACCAAAGAGGUGUAUCUUUGCAGGAUUAAGCUUCUACAAAAUUCAGAAGUAUGAUCAAACAAGGUGGAAAAGAAAACUGGAGAGUAACCCUGGUGAUACUGACAACUUUGUUUUGCUAAAUAAAUACUAGGCCUGUAAUCCUCACUCGACAUACCUGGAAGUAAGCCCCAUUGAAUUCAAUAGGACUGACUUCUGAAUAGACACAGUUGGGACUGAGCAGUAACCAUGCCUUUUAGAUAGGCAUUGUGUCUAUCUAAAAGGUAUCAAAAUGCCACAGCCCUGUUAGGGAAUGGAGUUAAAUAGUGAGCCUUGAACAACAGCUUUGCUCUGUGUGCCAAGUUGACCAGGCUUAAGAUAUGCAGUCAGUGCCGGAUUUACAUAUAAGCUAAACAAGCUAUAGCUUAGGGCCCCACUCUCUUGGGGUCCCCCCCAAAAAAUGAAAGGAAAAAAAAACCUGGAUGUACAUUUCAUAUAUAUAUAUAUAUAUAUAUAUAUAUAUAUAUAUAUAUAUGCAUGUAUCUCUCACAAAUAAAAUAAAACCUACAUACAGC